AUGGUGGUUGAGUUGAGGAGUGACUGGUUGUCCUGUCCCAAGGUGACCGAGUUGGUGCUCGAUAACUGCCGCUCCAGCAACGGCGAGAUCGAAGGGUUGAAUGAUUCCUUCAAGGAGCUGGAGUUCCUCAGCAUGGCCAACGUUGAGUUGUCAUCACUGGCCAAGCUCCCCACGUUGAGCAAGCUCCGAAAGUUGGAGUUGAGUGACAACAUCAUUUCUGGAGGCUUGGAGGUCCUUGCAGAAAGAUGUCCAAAUCUCACAUAUCUAAACCUAAGUGGCAACAAAAUCAAAGAUCUUGGCACUGUGGAAGCUCUUCAAAAUCUCAAAAACCUGAAGAGCCUUGACCUGUUCAACUGUGAGAUCACGAACCUGGAGGAUUACAGGGACAGCAUUUUUGAGCUGCUCCAGCAAAUCACAUACCUGGAUGGGUUUGAUCAGGAAGAUAACGAGGCACCAGACUCAGAGGAGGAUGAUGAUGAGGGAGAUGAAGAGGAUGAUGAUGAAGAUGAGGAUGAAGCUGGUCCUCCAGGAGAGUAUGAAGAGGAAGAUGAUGAAGAUGAUGGUGGUUCAGAUUUAGGGGAAGGAGAAGAGGAAGAGGAAGUUGGUCUUUCCUACCUGAUGAAAGAAGAGAUUCAGGAUGAAGACGACGACGAUGAUUAUGUCGAAGAAGGGGGCGACGAGGAGGAAGAAGCAGGGGGUGUCCGAGGGGAGAAGAGGAAACGAGACCCUGAAGAUGAAGGUGAAGAAGAGGAGGAUUAAUUUGUUCUAGACACAAGUAGGACCAGACUCUCUCAGUUCCGGAACAUGCAAUAGUGAUUAUGCAGAUCUGUAUGUCUCCAUGUACCAUAGAUGUCCCUACAGAAGAGAAUAUGUUAACUUUUUAUAGGAGAAGUGUGGUUUUACUAUCCUUGCCCCUUUUUAUCAUUCCAAAUAAGAUAUAAUAAUAGCCUGUUUAGUGAACCUAUAUGUAGAAAACCAAUUUUCAGCCCUAUAAUCACUGAAGCCAUUGUCAAGUUUUCCUCCCUCCCCACCUCUAGAUUUUUUUUGGAGCUCUUUAAUUUUAUACAAGCUUGCUGUGUUGGUUGUCAUUAGCCCCAGAGUUAAAACACCCCUUUUCUCCUGGCUUUAAUAUUGUGAAUUUCCUUCAAGAUUUUAAAAGUUUUUAUACUUCAAAAGCUGAACUCAAAAA